AAAUUUUGUCCACCUGCAAAUGUGCAUGAACUACAUUGACCGCGAUACCUGGGAAUGUGAUCACCAGCUCAAGCUCAAGUUCUUAGAAUAUGUCAAGGCUGACCAGUGGGAGUUGACGCUCAAGGCCAUUGAUGAGCUCAGGGGAAAAAUCAACUCUUGGGUUUUGAUUGGCAUAGGGAUCCAUGACAACUUCGACACUCCAAACAUCGUUAACAAGCUUUUAGUGCCACUACUGAAGCAAGCAUCACAAUCGACCUGGCCCAGAAUAGUCUGGUCUGCCACUCAUGCACCUGGACUGCUUAAAAUAAAACACCCCGAGUCAAGUCCCAAAGCACAGAGAGUAUACUAAAAUACAACGAGAAGAUUCACUCCAUUUUAGAUGUUGUUGGUAUCCCAGUGUUCGACACCUUCAGACUAACUAAUGGAACUGUUAGCUUUGACGGCAUUCACUACGGAAGGGGAGUUAACCUCGCAAAGGCUCAAAUUUUUUUGAACUAUUUACUCAGUCAAAAGUAUAAAGAGGGUGAAAAAUAGUUCUCGCAGUGCACCUUCAAUGUUUGAUUCAGACAAAAAGGUUAAAAAGUAAAGUUCCCUUUUUGAACCUGACAGUCCAUGGGACAAGCAAAGUAGAUUUCACCUGUUUCUGUGACCUCAGCAUUUGAAGGGAUAGUGUGGUCAGCACUAUGCCCAGUGGCAAGGAGGUUAGGCGAUUAUGAAAUAGGCAGUCAAAAUAAAUCAUCUAUUCUAUCAAGCUUAAAGCACCUCUUUUGUUUUGAGCUGGUACAUUAAAAAAAAAAGAAAUUAAAAGUUUUAUUAAAAUUUGUAAUGAGUUGAGUUUAUCUAACACAUU